GGCGGAAGUAGAUAUGCGUGUGGAGGAGGACUUCUUGGCGCGAACAUCACGUGGCCCAGGCUGUUCUCCACAGGAAACUAGUUACAAUUUGAAUUUUAUCUCUACUGCAGGGCCAGAAACAGGAGCAGGAGCAUCAAGAACUGGAGCAAAACAAGAGAAUGUUAAACCAACUCCAGCAAGACCGACAACUACAUCAGCACCAUAUUAUCCAAUCAGAGACCCACAGCAGUAUGACCUUCAGCAUCAACAUCUAGCAGAAGACGAUCAUACGAGAGAACAAGCAGGUUUACAACUACAACUACAAGCAGACGUUCAGUCUGCACACACUCCCUCCAAUGAAGUAGAAGUUGUACAACACAUGAACGCUACCGAGCAAGAACAGCACAUGAAAAAUGUUGAGGAAGAACGACUACAAAACAUGAUGCGUGGCUUAAGUUUGCGCGUUAGUCAAGUAGUGCGGGAACAACUAGUGCAAUUAGCCGACGACUUCGACACGGAUUCAGCAAGAUACACCUGGCCACUUGGUAACUGUAACUCUUCUAGUAGUAACAGCAGUACCGGCAGUGGAGAAAGCUCUUUCGGCUCUUUAGAAAGUGCUGGUUAUGGUCAUGUUCGUGGUCAAGGUCGCGGUGAAGAAGAUGAGCAGGAGGACCUUGGUGGAGGUAGUUCGAGGAGGAGAAGGAGACAGGAAAUUCUUAUGAUUUGACCUGAUAGAAGAUAGGAAUGAUUCAAUUGAAGAAGUUGUGCCGUUUUUCCUAGAGAAUUUGAUAGGACUGUCACCUUCUACAAGUGCAACGUCGUAGCGUACUUACCUUGUUAUACAUUUAAACCAUCAUCAACCUACCUAUAUAUAACUUAUACUGUUGUAUGUGCGAUCUCUUCUAAUUUAUAGCGCAGGAGGAUCCAUAGUCUCGCGACCGCAGCCUCGUUAGAUAGCAGCAUGGCGGAGUCGGUGGAGCGUCGUAUUGGCUCUCCUAGAAGUACCGACCAGGGGCAACAAAAGUACUACUAUCUUGUCGCGGAUGCUAGUGGAGACGAUCAUGAAGGGGUUGGUGUGGAAGAUGCUAACAAUGUUGAAGAUAAUCAAAGUCAAACAACUGGAGGUAGAACUCAAACUAGUGUAGUUUUGACGAGGAAAGACCAUCUAUUGCGUGAGUACCUAAAGGAAAAAGAAAAAGCAGAUAUUCAAUAUCGCAAACUUGCUAUUCUCUCGCGCACCCACUCGAUUGAAGGAGGAGCAUGAUCCCCCUUCUUCAUCUCGCUGCCUACUGCUAUUUUGCUUGGACCCAUUUUCGCUCUGAGUCUGACGUAUCAUGAAGAUCAUUUCGCACCCCUGCUUUAUUUUUCCAAACGCGUUUUACUUUUUUAUGUAUGUUCUAUCCAAAGUCGAUUUAUUUUCUAGUGUCGGCUGCGGUGGUUUACGCUUACCGCAGACGACGAGCAUGGCAGGUGUAUGUCCUCUGCGUGUGUUGCCAUGUUUUCCAAGUGAAGAACUUCUACCGACGUUUUGCUGUAGUAGAGGAGGUUGCUAUGUGCGAUAGACGACGCAAUGUUGUCUAUCGGCUGAGUAAAUAGUUAGUCUCCUAAAAA